AUGAUUGGUACAUUCGCUUUUCCAGUUCUCGCCCUUUCAUUUGAUUGGGGCCUCUGGUCAGAAUAUGCUUACACGCUGCAAGUCGAUGAGAAGAGUGAUAUUUAUAGCUACGGCGUGGUGUUAUUGGAAAUCUUGACCGGGAAAAGAUCUGUGGAUGCAGAAUUUGGGGAUGGGAAUAGUAUAGUAGAUUGGGUGAGGUCUAAGAUUAAGAGUAAAAAUGGUUUUCUUGAUACUCUCGACAAAAAUGCUGGUGCGUUGUGUGCCUCCGUGAGGGAGGAAAUGAUGCUAGUGCUAAGAAUUGCAUUGAUCUGCACCAGUCGAAAUCCGGCUGACCGUCCAACUAUGAGGGAUGUAGUAUCAAUGCUGCAAGAGGCCAAGCCGAAGAGGAAACUGCCAGGAGGCGGCGUAACUGGAGGCGGCGGCGGCGAAGAAAAUGGCACCGCUUGCGAUGCUGUUCCUUUGGCACGAAAGCCGCCACCUAUAAUUGAAUGUUAA